AUGAACAACCAGCAGCAGGGAAACCGGUUGCAGCUCAACUUUGGCUUUGGUGGUGGAGGGGGUGACCGCAACAACCAGUAUGCCCAAGAGCAAGGCCGUGCGUUUCCUACCACGCCGUCGACCUUCCCGCAGCCUGUAUACCCAAACCAGGCCGGCCAACAGGAAGUCUGGGGUGCGCAGCAGCAAAUGGGCGGCAAUGGCUAUGGAGGCUACUUCCAAAACCCCUACCAGCAGGCCCAGUACCAGGGACAGCAGGGAAACCUCCAGGCCCCAGGGGCAACUCGCUUCGAUCAGAGCCCUAACGGCCUGGCCCAACAGCUUUCCCAGCAGCACCUUGGAGGUGGCAGCAACCGCUCCGGAAGCCCGUAUGGCCGCCAGGCCUCGCCGAACCAACAGCGCCCUCGCACCGCCGAUAACAGAGGAUUUGGAUACGGCGGCUAUGGAGGCGGCUCUGCGCCUCGACAGCCGUCACAGUCAUUGUACGACGAGGAAGCACCGGCCAGGAACCCUGACAAGUACUCGAGCAACGUCGCUCAGCAGGCGACCAUGUCCAAGGGUUUAAUCAACACCUUCUUCAAAGACAGCGUUCAGCGAGCACGCGACCGAAACCAAAGAGCAUUGGAACUCGAGUCCAUUAUGAAGGAGCCUUCUAUCUCAGACAACCGUAAAGCUCAGAAGGAGAACAGCAUGCGCAACGCCGAGAUCCACUACCUACGGUUCUUGCGAACAAAGGAAAAGCCGGAGAAUUUCUCGACAUUGAAAGUUAUUGGCAAGGGUGCUUUCGGCGAGGUCAAGCUUGUUCAGCGUAAGAACGACGGCAAGAUCUAUGCGCUCAAAUCACUUGUCAAACAGGAAAUGUUCAAGAAAGAUCAACUGGCCCACGUCCGAUCCGAACGAGACAUUCUCGCCGAAUCAGACAGCCCAUGGGUUGUCAAGCUGCACACCACGUUCCAGGACAACACCUUCCUGUACAUGCUUAUGGAGUUCUUACCGGGUGGUGACUUGAUGACUAUGCUUAUCAAGUACGAAAUCUUCACAGAAGACAUUACGCGAUUCUACAUGGCGGAAAUCGUCCUGGCCAUAGAAGCUGUCCACAAGCUGGGCUUCAUUCAUCGUGACAUCAAGCCUGACAACAUUCUGCUGGAUCGUGGCGGUCACAUUAAGCUGACUGAUUUCGGUCUGUCGACGGGUUUCCACAAAGAGCACGACGCUGGCUACUAUAAGAAGCUGCUUGCUGGCGGUGCACACAAGUCGAACCGGGAUAACCGAAACUCGAUGAACAUGGACCAGAUCCAGCUGACCGUCAGCAACCGAACCCAGAUCAACACAUGGAGGAAAUCCCGUCGCCAGCUCGCAUACUCCACUGUUGGCACACCCGACUACAUCGCGCCAGAGAUUUUCAGCGGCCAAGGAUACGACUUUGGCUGCGAUUGGUGGUCUGUUGGUACCAUCAUGUUCGAGUGCCUCAUCGGUUGGCCACCUUUCUGCGCAGAGGAACCGCAUGACACCUACCGCAAGAUCGUGGAUUGGCCACGCAACUUGCACUUCCCCCCGGACCAACAGCUUGGUGCAGAAGCAGAGGACUUUGUGAGACGCCUGAUUUGCGACGCCGACCACCGCCUUGGUCGUAUCGGCGGUGCCAGCGAGAUCAAGCAACAUCCGUUCUUCCGUGGUGUCUCAUGGGAUGGUCUGCGACGCAUCCGCGCACCGUUCGAGCCUAAACUGCAGUCGAAUGUCGAUACACAGUACUUCCCCAUUGAUGAGAUUGACCAGAACGACAACAGUGCUGCCUAUAGGGCGCAAGCUGCGCAAUCAGGGGACGAUGAGUACGCCACUAGCUUGCCCUUCAUUGGCUACACAUACAAGCGCUUUGAUGCUUUCCGGGGUGCAUAG